GCACGUUUAUAAUUCUCGAAUCACGAAAAUUGACGAACUUCUUUAUUUUAUUUUCAUACUGCACUGUACAUUUCGUAAAUCAAAACUUUCCCAAAUAUAAAUCUCAAUGAUGCAGAUUUUAAAGUAUUAGCGACCUCGAAAUUGUACUUCGUCAUUCCUCUCGAAACGACGAUUAUUUCUUUAACACUUAUUAUUUGACACUAACAAUAGUUAAUUAUAAGUAUAGAGAACAAAAGCUGCGUCCAACAAAGUUGUCUGAUGCGACGACCAUAAAAAGUACCCUGAAACCGUCUCGAUUCGCUAACUAAAAGGAGGAGGGAUUCUUUAUCAAGACCCCACCCAUAGAAAUUUUUUUCUCCUAACUUUCGCGCAGAAUCACGCGUGGGUGCUCAUACGUCACAACUUUACACGCGUCUUUCUAAGUAAGACGAUAUAAAAAUACGGAUUUUCUUUUUUCUUCUCGAUGAAUAAACUUCCUUCAAGCUGUUUAUAUUCGUAGAAAUAUUUUUCAAAGGUUGUGUUUACAUAGCGUUUGAGACUAAUGUAUAUCAUAGAUAUUUUGACGCUCUCUAACGACAGAGUGUCAGAAAGCUGAACUAAGAUGUAUUGUUAUUGUAUUGUACCUAGGUAAUUAAUAUUAUCAUUAUUUUAAAAUAUAAUCGAAAUAGAAGGAUCUUUUUAUCGUUUUAUCAUUUUAAAGAGUGAUCAAGCAAAUAUGUGAACGUGUAAUAUCGUGUAAAAGUAUUUAUAUGUAUAAACUGUGGAUUUUUUUUACAAUAAAAAUAUGGCUGAAGCAAAUAUAAUAGUUCUUAAGAGUGCUAAAGAUCAUAAUUUAGAAGAAAAGCAAAGAAUUAUCGACAAAGCUCCUUUUAAAGACUUGAAGAUCAAUGAUGCACAAAUUUUAGAUACUGUAAAGGGUAGAGAAAUAUGUGAACAUUGUUAUAGAUCAAGAAAAUUUUUUUGUUAUACAUGUUUUACUCCUGUAAUCGAUCAAAAGUAUUUUCCUCGUUUGAAGCUACCUGUAAAAAUAGAUAUUAUUAAACAUCCUAGAGAAAUAGAAGGGAAAAGUACUGCAGUUCAUGCCGCUGUCUUAGCUCCGGAAGAUGUAAAGAUAUAUAUUUAUCCUGAUUUUCCUGAAAUUCUAGAAAAUGAAGAGACUGUUCUAAUUUUCCCUAGCAAAACUGCUGUAACUAUCGAUAAUUUAUUUAUUAAAGAAGUCCAACAAGAUGGCAAAACUUUUUUAAAAAGGAUCAGGAACGAAUAUCCAAUAAAAAGGGCAAUAUUUAUCGAUAGUACAUGGCAUCAAACAAAGUCAAUAUAUAAAGAUCAAAGAUUAAGAGAUUUAAGAUGUAUCGUUUUAAAAUCAAGAAUAUCACAAUUCUGGCGACAUCAAAAGAAAAGUCCAAGAUGGUAUUUGGCAACGAUAGAAGCAAUUCAUCAAUUUUUAAUAGAAUUGCAUACAUGUGCCUUCGAUAUAGUAGAGUGCGCGUAUAAAGAAGAGGAUAAAGAUAAAGAAGAUAGUUCAAAUUUUGAAAAACUAAAUUACAAUGCAUCAAAUUCUAAUCAAAAGUAUGACGGCAGAUAUGACAAUCUUUUAUACUUCUUUAAAUAUAUGUAUGAAAAAAUUCAUACUAUAUAUGAUCAUGACAAAUUAUGGGCAUAUAAGAGACCUUUAAUAUAAAAAACAUAUAUAUUUAUGUAUAAUAAAUUAUUCUUCUAUUACAAUCUGAA